GGGGACCGCGCAGAGCCGGGACGCAACCCCAGAGGCGCGCGAGGGCAUCGGAGCCCACGGCCGGCACGCGGAGCCCGUCCUCCCGGACCAUGGACGUGUACCGCACCCCCGCCGCGGCGCUGGACAGCCUGGUGGCCCGCAGCCUGCAGCCCCCCGCGGAGUUCGUGGGGGCCGCGCGGCGCGCCCUGGGCGCCCUGGGCGCCGCCCUGAGAGAGCGCGGGGGCCGCCCCGGCGGGGCUGCCCAGCCCUGGAGGGUGCUGAAGAUCGUCAAGGGAGGCUCCUCAGGCCGGGGCACGGCUCUGAGGGGUGGCUGUGAUUCUGAACUUGUCAUCUUCCUCGACUGCUUCAAGAGCUAUGAGGACCAGGGCGCUCAGCGUUCAGAGAUCCUCAAGGAGAUGCGGGCACUGCUGGAAUCCAGGUGGCAGGACCCGGUGCCCGGUCUGAGCCUUGAGUUUCCUAAGCAAAACACGCCCGGGAUCCUCCAGUUCCGACUGGCAUCCACAGACCUCGAAAACUGGAUGGACGUUAGUGUGGUGCCUGCCUUUGAUGCCCUCGGACAGCUCAGCUCCAAUGUCAAACCCAGGCCCCAGGUCUACUCCACCCUCCUCGACAGCGGCUGUCAGGGGGGCGAGCACGCGGCCUGCUUCGCAGAGCUGCGGAGGAACUUCGUGAACACUCGCCCGGCCAAGCUGAAAAACCUCAUCCUGCUGGUGAAGCACUGGUACCGCCAGGUGUGCCCACAGGAGGUGAGGAGGGAGACGCUGCCCCCCGCCUACGCUCUGGAGCUGCUGACUAUCUUUGCCUGGGAGCAGGGCUGCGGGAAGGAGGCCUUCAGCCUGGCCCAAGGCCUCAGGACCGUCCUGGGCCUGAUCCAACAGCAUCAGCACCUGUGCGUUUUCUGGACCCUCAACUACGGCUUCGAGGAUCCGGCGGUCAGGCAGUUCUUGCGGCGCCAGCUUGAGAGACCCAGGCCUGUGAUCCUGGACCCCGCUGACCCCACGUGGGAUGUGGGAAACGGGGCAGCCUGGCACUGGCAUAGGCUGGCCCGAGAAGCAGAGUCGAGCUACGCCCACCCGUGCUUUCUUCAGGCGGCAGGGGACCCUGUGCAGCCCUGGGAGGGGCCAGGCCUCCCACGUGCCGGAUGCCCGGGUUUGGACCACCCCAUCCAGCGAGACCCUGCCCAGAGGACCCCUGCGGACAGCGGGAGUCUCAGUGGUGUGCACCCAAGGAUAGGGAGCAGGCAGCCCUCAUGCCCCGCUCCUGGUCCCUCGAAAGUGGUCGGCAUCGCCCCCGCUACCCCGGAGAUGGUCUCAGAUCUGUCUCAGAUCCCUGCCCCCGAGCUGGACCGCUUCAUACAGGACCACCUGAUGCCGAGCUCCCAGUUCCAGAGGCAGGUGAGCAAGGCCAUCGAUGUCAUCUUGCGCUGCCUCCGUGAGCGCUGUGUCCACAAGGCCUCAAGAGUCAGCAAGGGGGGCUCGUUCGGCCGGGGCACAGACCUAAGGGGCGGCUGCGAUGCCGAACUGGUCAUCUUCCUCAACUGCUUCAAGGACUACAGGGACCAGGGGGCCCGCCGUGCGCAGAUCCUUGAUGAGAUACGGGCACAGCUGGAAUCCUGGUGGCAGGACCCGGUCCCGGGCCUGAGCCUCAAGUUUCCUGAGCAGAGCGUGCCUGAGACCUUGCGGUUCCAACUGGCGUCCACGGCCCUGGAAAGCUGGAUGGAUGUUAGCCUGCUGCCCGCCUUUGAUGCCGUGGGGCAGCUCAGCUCUGGCGCCAAACCCGAGCCCCGCGUCUACUCGACCCUCCUCGACAGCGGCUGUCAGGGGGGCGAGCACGCGGCCUGCUUCGCAGAGCUGCGGAGGAACUUCGUGAACACUCGCCCGGCCAAGCUGAAGAACCUCAUCCUGCUGGUGAAGCACUGGUACCGCCAGGUUGCAGCUCGUAAGAAAGGAGGGCGGCCAGCCUGUGCCUCUCUGCCCCCAGCCUACGCCCUGGAGCUCCUGACCAUCUUUGCCUGGGAGCAGGGCUGCGGGAAGGACCGUUUCAACACUGCCCGAGGCCUGAGGACCGUCCUGGGGCUCGUGCAGCAGCACCAGCAUCUUCUUGUCUACUGGACGGUCAACUACAGCUUUGAGGACCCAGCUCUCAGAAAACACCUUCACGGCCAGCUUCGGAACCCCAGGCCCCUGAUCCUGGACCCUGCCGACCCCACCUGGAAUGUGGGCCAGGGCAGCUGGGAGCUGCUGGCCCAGGAAGCGGCAGUGCUGGCGACGCAGGCCUGCUUUACGAGCAGAGAAGGGACGCUGGUGCAGCCCUGGGAUGUGAUGCCCGCUCUCCUUCACCAAACCCCAGCCGAGGACCUGGACAAGUUCAUCAGCGAGUUUCUCCAGCCCGACUGCGACUUCCUGGCUCAGGUGAAGAAGGCUGUUGAUACCAUCUGCUCGUUCCUGAGGGAAAACUGCUUCCGGGAUUCUCCCAUCAAAGUGCUCAAGGUGGUCAAGGGCGGCUCUUCAGCCAAAGGCACAGCUCUGCGAGGCCGCUCAGACGCCGAUCUGGUGGUGUUCCUCAACUGCUUCCGCCAGUUCGCCGAACAAGGGAACAGGCGGGCCGAGAUCAUCUCAGAGAUCCGAGCCCAGCUGGAGGCUUGUCAGCAGGAGCGGCAGUUUGAAGUGAAGUUUGAGAUCUCCAAGUGGGAGAAUCCCCGCGUCUUGAGCUUCACCCUGACAUCCCAGACGAUGCUGGAUCAGAGUGUGGACUUUGACGUGCUGCCAGCCUUUGACGCCCUAGGCCAGCUGGGCGCCGGCUCCAGGCCCGGCUCUCAGGUCUACGUGGACCUCAUCCACAGCUACAGCAACGCGGGCGAGUACUCCCCCUGCUUCACGGAGCUGCAGCGUGACUUCAUCAUCUCGCGACCCACCAAGCUCAAGAGCCUGAUCCGGCUGGUGAAGCACUGGUACCGGCAGUGCAACAAGAUGCCCACAGGGAAGGGCUCCCUGCCCCCCCAGCACGGGCUGGAACUCCUCACGGUCUACGCCUGGGAGCAGGGCAGGCAGGGCCCUCAGUUCAGCAUGGCCGAGGGCUUCCGCACCGUUCUGGAGCUGGUCACCCAGUACCCCCAGCUCUGUGUCUACUGGACCGUCAACUACGGCAGUGAGAACAAGACCAUCAGGGACUUUCUGGAACUGCAGCUUCGGAAGCCCAGGCCCAUCAUCCUGGAUCCAGCUGACCCGACAGGCAACCUGGGCCACAAUGCCCGCUGGGACCUGCUGGCCAAGGAAGCUGCUGCCUGCAUGUCUGCCGUGUGCUGCACGGGCAGGGAUGGCACCCCCAUCCGGCCGUGGCCAGUGAAGGCUGCCGUGUGAAGCCCAGAAAAUCAGUGGUCAUACUGGAUGGACAGAUGGACACCAGCCCUUGGCAUGGGGAGACUCAGGGUCACCUGCCAGAUGUGUGCGUGUGUGUGUGAGCGAGAGAGAGAGAGCGAUUGAUUCAGUGUAUCUGUC